CCUGCAGCCUGUGUGUGUGUGUGUGGGUGUGUGGGUGUGGGUGUGUGUGGUCUCUCUCCCUUGUAAGAACACAACUGCGGGCCUGUCUCCUGCUGUUGCUGCUGCUCUCACUAGCUUUCUGCCGCCUCUGGCCUCUCCUUUCUCUUUCUGCUUAGCUCCUUGCCUUCUGAUUCCACUCCCAGUAUGGAGACUCAUCACUCUGUGCAGCUCUCGGGGGAACCCCAGUCGACACCUCCAGGUGACAGUUCAUCAUUACCCAGUCAAAAUGGCCUGGAGAAGCAAGAUAAUCAGGAUUCCUCCACUUCACUCCAACCACCAGAGGAGGAAGCAGACGUGCAGCGCCAACAGGCAGCUCAUGAUAUCUCUGAAGAGUUGAAUCAACAACUAGAAGACAUCAUCAACACCUACGGGUCUGCUGCUGGCCCAGCAGGGAAAGAGGGUCCCACCAAGGUCAAGGGGCAGCCUGAGAACCCAGAACCACCUGACAACGAGGAUGCGGAUGUUGAGGAGGCCACUGAAGAGACAGAGAGAGAACCCCUGGCUUCUGGAGAGCCACCCACAGCCAAAGAGCCUGUCAGUAAUAAAGAGCAAAAAUUGGAAAAGAAAAUCCUAAAAGGAUUAGGCAAAGAAGCCAACCUACUAAUGCAAAAUCUGAACAAGUUGCAAACCCCUGAAGAAAAGCUUGAUUUUUUAUUCAAGAAGUAUGCUGAACUGGAGGAAACCCUUCAGCGGGCACGUGAGGAGGAGGAGAAAAGGAAGGAGAUCACAAAUCAUUUCCAGAGCACCCUGACGGAUAUCCAGGCCCAGAUUGAGCAGCAGAGUGAGCGAAAUGUGAAGCUGUGUCAGGAGAACACAGAGCUUGCAGAGAAACUGAAAAGCAUCAUUGAUCAGUACGAGCUCAGAGAGGAGCAUCUGGACAAAAUAUUUAAACACAGAGAACUACAGCAGAAGCUGGUGGACGCGAAGCUGGAGCAGGCGCAAGAAAUGAUGCAGGAAGCAGAGGAGCGACACAAACAAGAAAAGGAAUAUCUGCUGAACCAGGCGGCAGAGUGGAAGCUUCAGGCCAAAGUGCUGAAGGAACAGGAGACAGUCCUGCAGGCUCAGCUCACUCUCUACUCCGGAAGGUUUGAGGAGUUCCAGAGCACGCUGACAAAGAGCAACGAGGUGUUUGCCGCUUUCAAACAGGAAAUGGAUAAAACGACUAAGAAAAUGAAGAAGCUGGAAAAGGACACAGCCACGUGGAAAGCCCGGUUCGAGAACUGUAACAAAGCUCUGCUGGACAUGAUUGAAGAGAAAGCACUGAGAGCUAAAGAAUAUGAGUGUUUCGUGAUGAAAAUCGGGAGGCUAGAGAAUCUCUGUCGGGCUUUACAAGAAGAGAGAAAUGAACUCUACAAAAAAAUUCGAGAAGCAAAAACACCUGAGAAGGAUGACCAAGGCCAGCACAGCUCCGACGAAGAGCCUGAGUCUGCUGUUUCUAUGGGGGAAGAGGCUGAUGCCGAGGAAGCCAACAGAGUUCACGAUGCUGUGAAAAGUCUAGCCGCAGCCUUCAGGAUAAUUCAUCAUCCAGAGACGACCCUCAACCAGCCCCAAGAACUUCAGCCAGAAUUUGGCUGUCCUCAAGGGGAUGGCAACAUGGCCCUCGAGGAGCUGGGACAGCCUCCUCUGAGCCCUUUAUGCCAUUCAGAGAGUCCCCUGGCUCCGGUGAGUCCUCAGGCUGAGGCCAAAGGAGGCAGUGAGGCAGAAUCUCCCUCCAGGGCCAGUAAUCGCCCUGCAGAGUCAGGAUCAGAGGCCCAAGGCGAGGAUGUCCCAGCUGGAGCACAGGCUGAUCAGCAGCUACAGGCAGGAACUUCCAGUCAGGCACCCCAGUCCCCAGUCGAGGCUUCCCUAAAAGUCAUGGAGGCACAGGGUCCUGCUCCAACCCCCCGGGCAGGUGAGCAAAUUCCAGCGGGGGUGCGCGAUCAUGAGGCCAGCAAGCAGCCCCCAGCAGCAGCAGGAGCAGCAGAGGGACUGUCAGCUGGGCCCCAGCUACCCGCAGGGGCAGACAGCCACCUGGAAGGAGUGGACUAAGCCUCAUCGCGCCCUCAGGGGCUGUUCUCCCUGACUUCACAUCCUUCCUAACAGGUUGUCUUCUGAAAGAGGCAUUAAGGGCUAGGGAUGUCUAAUCGAAGAGACUCAAUUAGAAUCAAGACAUUUUUAAAUGUUAUGCAGAGCACAUUCAGCCUUUGCUAUUUGUUCUCAGUAUAUAAUUGAUUUGGAGCUUUUCUAUUUAAUACUGGUUGAUAGCAUAAUUUUCCCAAAUGGUAACAAAGCAUAUGAGUAGCAAAUUUAUAUUAAUUUGCCAGUAAGAUGGUACUUAAUUCAAUUUCUUAAUCAACAGUAAGAUUUGGUGUUUUAAGACUUCCACUACAAUAUAUGACUAGUGAAAAUGUGGUGUUCUAUUCAUUUUCAUAUAUAAUUUAAUAAGUACCAUAAUAAGUAAUGGAUUUCAAGGUUCCACUUAAACAUUAUAUACAUAAUAUAUACAUAUAUGUGUAUGUGUAUAUAUAUAUAUAUAUAUAUGCAUGAAUAUAUGUGUGUAAAUAUAUACAUAUAUACCCAUGUGUAUAUUUUAUACACAAACAUAUAUUCAUUAUGCAUACAUUUCUCUCAUCCCUUUUUGGAUUUCUCUCAUGCAAAAUAUUUAGAUGCUAAUCAAAAAAAUGAUCUCUUACUUGCCCCUGGUACUACAGUAGGCUAAUGCUCAGUGAAUCAGCAUAGGUUCAGAACACAAGUAUUUAGGCCAUGUAAUGUUAGGCAAAAAUAAGUAACCCAAUGGUAGGUCAAUAACUUCAACCAAUUGAUCAAAUGACGGAACAGCGGUUGGGUUAGACUGCAGUCUGUGCUGAGCACGUAGACACGAAGAUGGCCACAGAAGCCCUAAACAGAAAGGGGACAAUCUCAGCUGUAGACAGCUCACCUCUUCCAGCUGCUUCUCCUACACAACUCAGCCCGUUGCCUUGCAACCGAGCCCCUUGCGGCUUCCUGCAAGGGAAGGGUGGGAAGUGGAAAAGGGAGCUGGGGCAUGCAAGGACUGAGAGGCCUCAGACUGGAAAGAGGCUAUGCUCUUGCCCCCUGCCUCUUGUGCUACAGAGGUCUUGAGACAGCACUUUCCUUGGCCCAGAGACUCUUCAGUUCCCUCCUUGUCUGUCAUCCACCACUUUCUCCAGAGGGUCCCUACCACCUCUUGCUGUCACUGCCUCAGUCUAUAUUCUCAAAGCAUCUGCUCCUUUUCCCCAGCCCCCUCCUUUGCAGCAGGAAAUUACACCCAGCCCUCAUCUCAAUUACUGCUAAGUAAAAGCUAUUAUUUUUCCAAAACAGAAAUUUACACAUGGUCUCAAUAUGAAUGAUGAGACUUAUACACCAACACAUUUUCUGCUUUGAGGAAUUCUCUACAGCCAGAAGUACAAAGCAAAGGACAAAUGGGUCCCUACUCAAAAUGACUUGAAAAACAGGUGAGAAUUCAGGAGAAGGCAAAAGCUAGGAACACCUGGGGCUGUCUGCAGGAGUGUUACAUUAUCAGGUCUUGACAAGAACCUCUAGGAGUCCUGACAGCAUCAAUUACUCUAAGGGGAGAUUGCAACCAGGAAACAGGAAGGAAGGGAGGGAGGGAGGGAGGGAAAGGGAGAGAAGAAGGGAAGGAGGAGGGAAGAAAGAAAAACAGAUCUAAUCCAGGCCCACCUUGAAAGUGGAACUCAAGUAGAAAAAUGGGUAAAAGCAAGAUUCUCUGCUGCUCAUCCGGGAAAGCAUUCUCCAGUAUCGCCUGUGGCUGUCUGCCGAGGUGCACGAAGAGCUUGGGGGCAGCAACUCAAAACUGCACACCAGUUGUUUGAAGUAGACAGUGACGUAGUAACAAAAUGCUAGGCAGGAAAAAGGCUUAUUACUAUUUGAGAACCUGCGUGUUUUUAAAGGCUUAAAAUAUUAUAAUCACAGGGUAUCCAGCCAAAUUCAACAUUACUGGAAAUCUUCGAGAUUUAAACAUUCAUUUAAUUCAGAGCCAAAUAUUCACCAUAACAAUCCAGGAAGUUCUGCUUUCCACUGUUUACAGAGGCAACACUUCCGAGAAUGGAGUAAGAUUAGAUAAUCACAGGGAAGCCUCAGUCUGAGUGUUUAGCAAGAGAAACAGGCAGGAGAGGAGUCGGAAUCCAGUAAAUCAAAUAUUCUAAUACCCAAAGUUCAUUUUUUUCCAUCCAAAAAGCUUUGUAGCAACACAUUACUCACUACUGUGUAUGUCUUAGGCAGAGUUUCAGAUACAAUAACUUGCCUGAAAUUUGCAAAGCUUAAUAUAGGCUUUAGAAGAAUUAUUUUAAUAUUCAAAGAAUGUUUUAUUAUAGUUCUUUGUGUUAGAAUUUGGCCUUACUAAUUAUAACAAUAACUCCUAAGACCUGGAAGAAUAAAGCAUUUCUGUUCUUUAUCAAGUUCAUGUAACUAUUUCUAGUGAUGCCAAGGCUGCUUUCCAGAAACGCUAGAGUGGGUGGCAUUUUCAAAAUUAAAUAACUAUAAUUUAUGUAUCUAUUAAAAGUUACUUCUCUUCUCCAAUGCUCUAGCAGUGGUUUCAGGUUUUAAACUUUCAUUUAUAUUUCUUUUUACUUCUGUUAACUUCUUUGUUUCAACCAUACCGAUCAAAGACUAUGAUUUUAUUGUUGGUUGAAUUUUUGGUCUCUGAGUAGAAUAUACAUGGAGUGAACACUU